AUGUCGAUCAAAGGAUGUCAAUGUGCUAGAAAUAUGGAAGAUAAAGACACAAUUCAGUGCUUUCAAUGUCAACUUGCCUUUCACCAAGACUGUGUCGGAAUAAGUAAAUCAGCUUUCAAGGUUAUCAGUUCCGUGUCCAAUAUUAAGUGGUAUUGUGAUGAAUGCAUGAAACUACUUCCUGAUGUAAAGUCAUUAAAUAAAGCUGUGCGUGAUAGCAAUGAUGCGCUCAACACUAGAAUUGACAAAAUUGAUGAAUCGAACAAUUUGUUGAGGAGCGAACUUGAAGCUAUCAAAAGUUCAAUUCAGAGAAAUGUUGAUGGGGCGGAAAGAUUCGAUGGCACAGUUUUGAGUACUGAGCUGUGUAACCUUAAAAACGAUUUGAACAAGAGUUUUGCUGAUGCUGUCCGAUGCGAAGUGAAGAAAAAUAUGGAACUAGUUAAUGAUGAGGUAAAAAGUGUUCAAAAAACUUUAACCAAUGUAAAUGACAUGAAAGAAAGAGAGAAUAACAUAAUGAUGUUCAAUUUGCAAGAAACUGAUGAUGAUAAAGAUAGAGUCAAAGGAAUUAUUAAAAAGUUAUCCAGUGAAGUCAAGGAUCAGGAUAUUAAAAGAAUUGUUAGACUGGGUCCAAAAGCUGAAACUAAAAUUAGACCGGUGCUGAUUGAAAUGAGGAGUUGUGCAAUUAAAGAUUUAGUCUUAAAAAAUUCCUUUAAAUUAAAAACUAUGCAUGAAGAUCUUGAUAAAGUAUGGAUCAGUCAUGAUUUAACAGUUGAUCAGCGUGCCAAGUUAAAAAAACUAAUUGAUGAAGCCAAAUCAAGAAAAAUCUCGUGCUCGGGUAUUGCUGAUGAUGCUGGUGGUGGAAGUUUGUUCAGCUGUGGUGAUUAUGAUAGUUGUGGUUGUGGUAUUUGCAGUGGUGGAGAUGGUUGUGGUGGUAAUGUUAACGGUGGUGGUAAUGAUGGUGGUAUUUGCGGUGGCGGAGAUGGUUGUGGAGGUAACGAUAGCGGCAGUGGUAAUGAUGGUGGUAUUUGCGAUUGUGAUGAUGGUUGUAAUGGUAACGAUAAAAGUGGUAGUAAUGAUCGUGAAGUUACCAAAAAAGACUCAGAACUAAAAUUGCAAUUAGGUUUGUUGAACAUUAGGUCAAUUAUGAAUAAGAUCAAAACUGUUCGCGAUUUAUUUUCUAAUAAUUUUGAUAUUUUUGUUGUUACGGAAUCCUGGCAUGGGUCGUCCGAUAAUUUAUCACUUAGACUCACUCUGCCACCUGAUUUUGUGUUCAUAGAUUUUCUGAGGCCGACCGACCCUAACCAUGGUGGAAUAAUUGUAUUUUUUAAAAAUUAUUUAAAAUUUUAUAGAAUUCCGCUGCCUUUAUUUAAGACGUUUGAGGCUAUAGUUGUGAAAUUUUAUUUCAACAAAGUAACUAUUGUUGUUUUUGCAAUUUAUCGUCCUGGGUCUUCUAUUCCAUCACCAUUGUUUUUUGAUGAGUUAUCAUCUGUUUUUGAUCAAAUAUUGCUUUUACCAAAUUAUGUUAUUUUUAUUGGAGAUGUGAAUAUUCAUGUUGAACUUUUGAACGACCCUAAUGCAUUGAAAUUGUUUGAAAUUUUUGAUUUAUAUCAAUUGAUAAAUAGAAUAAAUGAACCAACCCACGUUCAUGGUGGAACAUUGGAUUUAAUUGCCUCUAGUUCUGACCUUCCCUCACAAUUUUUUUCCGUUGAGCCACCAAAUGUGUAUUCAGACCACAGUUUAAUUAAAAUUUGUUUCCCUAUUUCUGUUCCCACACCUCAGAAAAAAUGGAAACUUACUCGUUCAUGGAAUCAAAUUGACGAAAAUCAAUUUUCUUCACUAGUUCUCGAAUCACCUAUUUCAGGGCCGUUCAAUUCAUCUUCCGCUGAUACCCUGUUGGAUUUGUUUAAUUCUGAAAUCGUGAGAAUUGUGGAUAUGGUUGCUCCUUGUCGUUAUGUCAAAUCUACUCAUGUACUAUCUGCCCCUUGGUUUGACUCUGAAUGUCGUUCAUUAAAACGCAAUUGUCAAAAACUGGAACGAUUGUAUAAGAAAAUGAAAAAUGAUAUUAAUCGAAAUGCAUGA